UCGCGGUUGCUCGCGUCGGCAUCGUUCGAUGGAACGAUCAAGCUCUGGGAUUGGACAACUUGGCAGUGCCGCUGGACGAAGAGAGCUCAUAGGGGCAUAGUCCAGGCCGUUGCAUUCCUGCCCAACUCGCCAGGCUGUCUCGCGUCCGCGUCGGGACACAACGUCAAGUACUGGGAGGUCGCGACAGGCCAGUACCUGCAGACGGUCAAGGAGUCUUCGGACUCUGGCCGCGCCACCGCCUUCUCACCCGAUCGACAGAGCGUAGCCUUUGCAACCGGGCAGCCGUUCUUCAAGACCAUCGAGGUCCGCAAGCUGGCAGCAGCCCACCUUGGGCAGACGCUCAAGGGCCAUCGCGGGUUCGUCAACUCGCUUGCCUUCUCUCCCGACUCGCGACUACUUGCGUCCGCCUCAGACGACAACACCGUGAGGGUCUGGGUUCUAGCCACGGGAACAUGUCGAUGGACGCUAGACGGGCAUCGCGGCCGGGUGACGUCCGUCGCCUUCUCUCCCGAUUCCCGGCAACUCGCGUCGGGCUCCGACGACAACACUAUUCGCAUCUGGGUCCUCGGGACAGGUCGGCGCCGGCUGACUCUCCGGGGCCACGGCGGAACAGUCAAGGCGGUAGUCUUCUCGCCCCUCCACGACUCGCGCCUCCUGGCGUCAGCCUCGGCGGACCGAACGGUUAAGCUCUGGGACGUGGCCCAGGGGGACUGUAAGCAAACACUCGAAGGGCAUGGCGAUACGGUGAUAGCGGCUGCCUUCUCGCCUCACGCGCGCCUGGUCGCCUCCGCCUCGGCCGACAAGACCGUCAAGGUUUGGGAUCCUGUGACGGGCGCGUGCCUGCGGACGCUCGAGGGCCACAGCGACACGGUCAGCUGCGUCGCUUUCCCAUCCGAC